CCCAGCGGUCGAUUUAGGUACCACUGGCCUCCUUGAAUCCCUUGGGUUCAGCGAGAGCAGGGGGGAAGUAAACAUGUCCGCAAUAGAGAUUAGUAAGAGGCGAUUGGAAGAUUGGUGGAAGAAAAGUAGGCGAACGACAAAAACGUAGACGUACAAAAACAAAGUUCACAAUAUGGGAUCAGAAAAUGUGGUUAUGGGAAUUCGUCGUGGUCUUUUUUUUCCUUUUCUUGUUUUUCUUCUUUAACCUAGGUAGGACAUUACGCAAUAUAAGAGCAAGAGCUUGGUGGCUCAACCCACCGCCCCGUUUCAAAAGGGACGCUUAUAACAUCUAUCCAUCCAUCCACCCACCGUUAAUUCCCUCGGGCGGACACGCGGCUGGCUUUAUUUAAAUUGUUCGUGCAGCUAUAGGAGUCAACUCGAGACUCGUCGUUUGCAGCCUGCUGUUAACCUGGACGGCACGCUGAUUAGCCGUCAGUCACUUUAGCAGGCAUGCGGCGAAGACGGUACCGGAAGGUAUAGCGGCCAUGCGCUGACGACACGGGCAGUGCAUCACGCCAGCUGUUGGCGACGAGGCGUUUGCUGUUCACUGCGCACAAUGCGUACAGAACAUGUACAUAAUGCAUGCAGCGGAUACCGUUUAACUAGUGGGCGCACGCGUUUAUAUCGAUGCAGGCAGGCAGGUGCUCCAAAUGUAUCGUGAUAUCCGGUUGCAGUUUCCCCGUGGUCUUGUGGUAAAACCGAGCAGUUACGUCACCGCGGAGUCCCAAGGCAUAGACUAUACUGCGAAGUGCCCAUAUACCGUCUCGUAAGCCUGCAAAUUUGAAUGUGCCUGUGCCUGUGUAAGUCACGCUGAGUACAUACACAUGUGAACGCUUUCAGCAACUGCUGUUAUAGAAGCGAGCAGAACGUCAUUGUGAUUCCAAGGUAAACUAUACUUGGCCAUCUUGUCGAACCUGCAGGCUUACAGAACCUGCAGAACCUGUGCAUGCUCAGUUGGACUAAAUACUCACCUGUACGAUUCCGGCUACAAAUUAAGUGAUCGUCGGGGAUUCAGAAGGGGAGGGCUAGAGCCAUGACGAGGUACGUACUAAGCCUCCUCUUCAUCGUGCCGUGGGCCUGGGAAACCACUGUCGCGGGAUUCGCGACCACGUGCGACCCCAGCGUGUGCAGCUUGCGCGACAACUGCUUUUGCUUGGGCACGCGACCACCGGCUAACCUGAGCGCCAGCAGCAUGCCCCAGUUCGUCAUGCUGACGUUCGACGACGCGGUCAACGAGCAGAACAUGGACUUCUACCGCCAGCUGCUCGGCCCGGGAAGGCGCCGGAAUCGGGCCAACGGCUGCAACUUGGCCGCCACGUUCUUCGUGUCGGCCGGCUACACCAACUUCUCGCUCGUGCACGAGCUGCACAGCGUGGGCAGCGAGAUCGGGAUCCACUCCAUCACGCACCGCAACAACCUGAGCUACUGGCGCACGCUGGACGUCGCCGGCUGGGAGGCGGAGAUCGUGGGCGACCGCGACCUGCUGCGCGACUACGCGUUGAUCCCCGAGCGGGACAUGGUGGGCGCGCGGGCGCCCUACCUGGAGGCGGGCAACGGAGAAGCGUACCGCAUGAUGCGGCAGAACGGAUUCGUCUACGAUUCUUCCGUCUGCAUCGACUACAUCAACAAGCGCGACAAGCUGCCCUUCUUCCCCUACACGCUCGACUACGGCCUGGCGACGGACUGCUCGGUGCCGUCGUGUCCCAGCGGUAGCCACCAGGGCCUGUGGCUGGUGCCGCUCAACAGCUUCUAUCGGACGACCUCACGCGCCGACGGAUCGCUCGGCAGCAGCUGCGCCAUGCCCGACACUUGCACUCCGCAGCCGACCACGGAAGGCGACACACUGGAUUUCCUCAGGUCAAAUUUCGAGCGAUACUACCACACCAACAGAGCUCCGUUCCCGGUGUUCAUCCACGAAACCUGGCUGUGGAAUCCGGGACGCCGGCAGGGUUACCUUUCCUUCGUCGACUGGCUCCUCACCAUGGACGACGUGUUCGUCGUCACCGUGGCCGAAGUGGUGCGGUUCAUGCGGGACCCCAAGCCCCUCGGCGAGUACGCGCAGACCGGUUGCUCGAGGGCCUCGGAGUUCCGGCGUUGUCCGCGAGUCCACUCGUGCUCGUUUCCCGAAGCGCCGAUCCCCGAAACCCGGCAGCUCUUCGGCUGCAAACCGUGUCCCGAAAGUUACCCGUGGUUGCAGGACGUCGUGCGAAGAAAAACGGAGGACGAGGAGGACUCGCGGGUGGUCCGGACGCAGCAGUACUUUGGCUCCGGCGGCGUUCUUGUCUUCUGCUCGGCGCUCGUCGUCUGUCUCUACGUUGCUGCGAGGCGGUUGGGGCGUCGCAAGACUCACUGCUUUUAGCAAAUCGACCUUUCCCGCUUUGUCGUCGAUUUCUU